CUGCGAGAGACCUAUUCAUUCAGAAUGUUCCGAACUCAAUGAAUCUGAGCUAAAGGUGAUGGCCUUAAAAGGCAAACGACUACUCAAGUUUUAUUGUGACGAUUGUCUUUUGGGAAUUAGGCUGGUUCCAAAAUUAAAUCAAAAAGUUGAUAAUUUGAUAGAGGAACUGGAGAAGCUGAAAAAGGAAUCUCCUCCUCCUGCACAGUCUUCAUCACAAAUCGAGUAUGAGGAGGUUCUUCAAGAAAUUGAAGAGCGGAACCGUAGGAAACAGAAUAUUAUUAUUUUUGGACUUACUGAAGAUCAAAGUAGGACAAAGCAGGAACAGAUAGCUCAUGAUACUCAAGAGGUUAAAAGUAUAUUGCAGACCCUUUCUACAGAAAUUGAUACCAAUGUCAGACUCUUCAGGCUGGGAAAGUUUGAUCCCACAAAGGAUAGGCCUAGGCCGGUAAAGGUUUCUCUGCGGAACAAUCAAGAUGUCCUGUUAUGCAUUAAAAACUCUGCUAAGCUUACUCGUAGAUCCGGUAACAGGAAUACAAGAAUAAGUAUCUCUACUGACAGAACUCCAAAACAGCAGGAAUUUUAUAGAAAAGUCAAACAUGAACUGGAUCAGAGGAUUGCUGCAGGUGAGAAGAACAUCAGAAUCAAAUAUGUACAUGGUCUUCCAAAAAUUGUUGCUAAUUUAAACUGA